AUGGACGGCCAUUCUGCUCACAGCUCCAGCUCGCCUGACAGCCAUGAGAUAACACUCGAGUCCCUCGAACCAGACCAGAGAGCUUGGCCAACGCACCAUCAGCAAGAGACAAUUCAGCCAACAGAGACAGAAGCAUACGCAAGCUCAGAAAAUGCGACUCAAGAAGCGACCACGUAUCAUACGUACUACACGACACAGCAGGUCUAUCAGACGACAGAGGCGACAGAUGCGAGCCAAGUCUACCAGACAGUCUAUCCGACGCCGGAUCGGUCAAGUUCUGAAGACUCCGAGGAAGCCGAAGAGCGAAAGGAGCAAAAAGAAUCCGACAAUACCCAGUCCGCGCACCCUGACAUGGCUUCAAUCGCCUACAUCAGCUCCUCGAAUGGGCCGGAAAUCGUGGAUGGAAUCUCGAUGGACCUCGACAAAAGAGACCUCUGGAGGACCUUCUACAGAUAUGGAACUGAAAUGAUUAUCACAAAGGUUGGCCGCCGAAUGUUUCCUUCAAUGAAAGUCAGCGUGAAUGGCCUCGAUCCUCAGAAAACAUACGCGAUGAUUCUCGACAUUCUUCCAGUUGACGACAGUCGCUACCGAUACGUGUACAAUUCCUCUAAGUGGGUCUCAGUUGGAAAUGCAGACACGAGUCUUCCCGAACGAGUCUAUGUUCAUCCAGAAUCGCCGCAGAAGGGAUCUGAGUGGAUGAGAUCUCUGGUUAACUUCGACAAGCUGAAAUUGACAAACAACGAGAACGACACCAAGGGUCAAAUCAUCCUUCACUCGAUGCACAAGUACCAGCCCCGAGUCCAUGUCGUCGAGAUUCCGGAAGGCGCUCCCUUCCAGGAAGAUUCUCUCCGAGGCGUCGACAUCAGCACCUACCCAACCUCGACAUUCACCUUCCGAGAGACGCAGUUCAUCACGGUCACGGCGUACCAGAACCAGGCGAUCACGAAGUUGAAGAUCAACAGAAAUCCAUUCGCCAAGGGCUUCAGAAACAACGGUCGAAACGCGAAAGUGCACAACACUUACGAACAAGGAGGAGAACCUGUUCCAGGAUCCUACGCAGCUCAUGUUGCCUGGAGAGAGCGAAUGGGCAAGCAAGGAGGCGUAACUGCAACGUCCUCUCCUCAUCCUCCUCCACCACCCGCGCCAUGGAAUCAUCCCCAGCAAGAAAUCGCCACCCAAGCGCAUUCAGUUUCACACACGCUCUACCACUCCGACCCAGCGAUUUCGGAAGUCAGCAGAUACUUCCAGACAUAUUCGCCUUAUUCAACUACUCAGGUGCCAACUUACAAUCCCGAGACUCUUUACCAAUCCCAGCCGACCUACAUCACCGUCCCCUCGACCGUCCACUACGACUCCGGCUCCCCAACCGACUUCACCACCGACCCGAGCGUCGGUUGCAAGCGCGAAGCCAACUCCUACUACGACGACUACUCCGAGGAGAGUGUUCCGAAAAUCGCCAAACUCGAAUCGUCCGAGUCCCUCGCUUCAUUUCUGCCUCGUCUUUCCUAA